CAACCGUUUUCUUAAGUAGUGGUACUAAUGAUACUGAAAAUUUGGGUGCACCUGGAGUGGUUCUAAUUUCUGAAGAAAAUUAUCGAAGAAUAAUCGCUGAUCUAGUUAAUACAAAAGGGAAAGAACCUGAAGAUGUAAUCAAUGAUUUAGAUAGUGAUAUAUCAUCGCAAUUCGAUGAGUUAAUGUUUGACACUCAAACAAAUGAAACUGAUACAUCAAAUUUGGAAGAAAACCAACAGACUGAAGAUAGUCAAAUAAAUGAUUAUUUUAAAUUUUACAAAAGAAAGCAAAGUAAGAGUUUCAGUAAUGACUUUGAAAAUAAUGAGGAAACCGAUGAAUUACCUGCCUCAAUCAAUGUUACUGCAAAUACUUCUUCUCAAGCUAAUAGCGCACUCGAUAAUGAACGCAUUAAUGAUAAUCAGGAAGACGACUUUGAUGUAAGUGAUGACAAUUCACCAGGAUGGUUAGAAUGUGAAGAUUGCUACGGAAAUAAAAAGGAAUUAUGUGAAUAUUGUAAUUGUUCUAUAUGCAAAUGGAAAGGUGACAGAGGUCACAUCCUCUUGUGUGAAGGUUCUUGUGGCAAAAAUUUUUACCGUAUGCAAAUAGAAAGGUGA